UCGGCCUCCAUCAUGGCUUCAGCGCCUGAUAAUGCAGAUUUUGAUCCGAAUGUUCCGGUAAAAUACGAAUAUCUGGAUCACCCGGCUGAUUUUCAAAUUCAUUCAUGGGGAGACACAUUACAAGAAGCCUUUGAACAGAGUGCUGUUGGUAUGUUCGGCAUCAUGACAGAUCUGGCAACCAUCGAUGUUGAACGAGAAGUCGAGUUUGAAGUGAAUAACCCAGACACUGAUGACAAGAUUGGAUUACUAUUUCAUUUCUUGGAUGAGGCUUUAUUUCUAAUGUCGGGGGAUUAUUUUAUUUGUAAAGGAAUAAAAAUAACAGAAUUUGAUCUGGAAAAUUUUAGAAUUAAAGCCAAAGGGUACGGUGAAGAGUUUCAAAUAGGAAAACAUCCACAGAACUGUGAAGUCAAGGCGAUCACAUAUUCAAAUAUCCAAAUCCAGGAGGAUCAUGUUGAAGGGAAAGGAAAGUUUGACCUCUUUGUCAUUGUGGACGUUUAGCAAGACGAUGUGUCUCUUCUGUUGGACGAACUCAAGACUGUUUGAUACAUCUAUCAUGUUGUGCUUUGCAAAGAAUGAUGAUCUUAGUAUAAGACUUUUCCUCCUUGACUUUUCUCUCCAGUUUCCAAUGCUAUUGACAAUGCGUCAGCAGCUUGUCCUGGGCACCUGCCUCUCCUUAGCCUCAAGAGACAUAUCUGAAAGUUUGUGAACUUGUCUCGGACUGUGGAGCUUCAUGCAGACCAAGUUUACUGAGCUCUUUGCCAUCCACUGGACAUCCAACCAAUUGAAGAAGAUUGUGCACUUGAUCAUCACCUAUGUGAGUAACAAACCACAGUGUAAUUCAUUUUAUCACCACUCACACUCAGUCCAAGGCUUUCAAUGCACAUUUUAGUUAAGUUUUGUUUAAGAGAGCCAAAUCCCCUCUGUCAUAGAUUCUCUGACGGAAACAUUUGCCUGUGGGCAGAUCUGAAGGAGAAACAAUAAAUCGUGUGAUUUGUAACAAA